AUGCAUUUGGGGAAGGAAAGUCAUCGUCAAAAUGUAAUAAUCGAUUUGCAAGAACAAAUUGAUUCCAUUGCUCCAAACAGAUAUUUUACACGAGUAGCGGCUGCUGGCAGUAAAGGAUUGUUGAAAAUUUUUGCAAUCGAAGAGAAUGGAUUCAAUUUUGUUGCUAAUUUUCGUUCAGUGCGCAGUCGGCGGUUGAAUUUGAUGUAUUCAGCAAGUCAUGUUGCAUGGAGUCAUAUAAUCGAUAAUAUGAUAGCUACAACGUCAACCAAUGGAGCUGUAGUCCUAUGGAAUGUCGAUAAGGCUGCUUUGCACCGUACCUACAAGGCGCAUACUCGUUCAGCGACCAAAGUAUGUUUUCAUCAGACUGAUCAGAAUACAUUGAUCAGUGGAGCGAAAGAUGCAGCAGUUAUUCAGUAUGAUUUUCGAGUACCGGAACCAGUUAAAAAAUUUAUGAGCGGUUCAUGUGAUCCUGUCCGUGAUAUGCAAUUCGGUAUCCACCCUAGCCAUUACGAUAUAUUUGUAGCUGCAGAUGAUGGCGGUUCUGUGCGUUUUUGGGAUUUGCGUAAAAAUGACCGACCACUAUAUCAGUUUGUGGCACAUCAUGGACCAUCUAGUGUUGCACUGAAUCCAAGUUAUGAUGAUCAGAAUCUGAUUGCUACAGCCGGCAGAGAUAAAUUUAUAAGGGUCUGGAAAUGGUUCGAUCGUUCUGAAAGUCAAUUAAAUUCAUCUAUGUAUUCGGUAGAAGCUACAGCAUCUGUUUCUCGUGUCUACUGGAGACCAAUGCAUAAGUACCAGGUAGCCAGCUGUUCUGUAGUAAGCGAUAUAAACAUACAUGUUUGGGAUAUACGAAGGCCAUUCUUGCCUUUUGCUAGUUUUGAUGAGCAUCGUGAUAUAUGCUCUGAUUUGGCUUGGAAAGAGGAUGAUUCAGAAAUAUUUCUAUCGGCCGGCAAAGAUGGCUUAUUGGUAAUGCAUUUUGUAGAAAAUGCUCAUCAUCCAAUGAAUCACGUAAGUGACGUCGCAGUUGACAUAUCACCUGCUGGUACUGUAGCUGUUGCAGUAAGCAGUCAACUGAAUUUAAAAAACGAAUCACUAGUUGAGCGAGAGAAGGUGCGCAAAGGAGAAGCAUUUGCACCAAAGAGACGGAAGUAUGAUCCGUUCCAAUCGAGCAUUCCCAGUUAUUUGAUUUGUUGUGAACCAACUGAAACAAAUGUUCAGGUUUCACCGCAGCACUUUGUUACUUUAGCUAAAAAAUACAAACUAUAUGGUGAGGACGCCUCAUCAUUAUGUUUUCACAACAGUCGUAUAGCUGAAGAUAUAAAGAAAUAUGAUAUUGCUCAUACGUGGCGUAUUGUCGGUCUUAUCUGUACAUUUACUUCAUUUUUUGAAACACCAUCAAGUGGGGAAACUUUUUCCGGUAAUCAUGAAAAUACAGAUACUAAAGAUAAUGGCGCUAAUGUGAGCGAUGCGGCAGCACGUUCUCGUUUUCCGUCAAGUUUGUCAUCCGGUGGAGUGGUACGAAACGUGGAUGGCCAGGAUGUCACAGAAUCGAUAUUUUCUGGCGUAGUUCCACAAAUGGCCUCUUUUUCAUCAGAUUUCUUUUUUGGUGAUAAUGAACUGAAUCUUGAUGGACUGAAUACUGAUCUUUCCGAUUGCACACUUUCAUAUGAUUUCAAAGCUCCAACAAAUCUGAAAAUGGAAGCUUUUUCACCUCGACCUUAUGAAGAAUUUGAAGCAGGUGAAACGAGUUGCUCUCCGAGUUCCGAGGAACAUCUUGAUGACAGAAUGCCAAAUCACACAAGCGAACUGAAACGAUGUCAGAUUGGAAAUUUGAGAAUCAAAGCGGAACUUGCCCGUACUCCUUCAUGGGAUCCACUUCCGUUAUUAUGUUCAAUGUUCAAUUUUUACUCCGAUUUGGGUGAUGUACAAACAUGCGUAUCUGUACUGUUAGUAUUGGGGGAAAAAUCGAAGGAAUUCAUCGAUUUAGGUACCCAGAAGCUUUGGUUCUUGGAUUAUAUUGAUAUGCUUGAAUGCUAUGAAUUGUGGAAUACAGCCGCAGAAGUGAUUAAAUUAUGUUGGAUUGCAGCUGUUAAUAAUCUGAGCAACGAGAGUACUUCGAUCAAGUUGCUGUGUGCCAAAUGCAAGACAGUAUCUGUCACAUCGUCACCGUAUUGCAAGAAAUGUCUUAAAAAAUUCAAUUUCAACUGUUCGCUUUGUUCUUUGCCAGUUCACGGCAUUUGGAGUUGGUGUCGUGGAUGUACACAUGGUGGUCAUCCUCAUCAUUACGCAGAAUGGUUUGCUUCAAACAAAAAAUGCCCAACUGGAUGUGGUCAUUCCUGUGUUUAA